AUGGCAAAUCAUUUUCGUUCGUUGCACCAUUUUGGAGUUAACAUUUUGUUUUUUCAUUGCUCACUAUGCCCACUAUCACCUCGGCCUUCACUCACACCCUCAACUGCAUCAUCCACAUGUUCCCCCCAUCCCCUCCCCUCACCCCACCCCUCUCCCCACUCAGACUCAGACAGCCUAUCCAGCCCCACCCGCCUCAGCCUUAGCCUGUCAGAUGGCUCAGAGGACCAGCUGGACCGCCUCCAGCAGGUGGAGCUGGCCCGGACAACACCCAUGUCCCAGUGGAGGGCGGGCACUGUGCAGGCCUGGCUGGAGGUUGUCAUGGCGAUGCCGAUGUACAUCCGCACCUGCUCAGAAAAUGUAAAGAGUGGAAAGGUUUUACUUGGGCUAACAGAUGAAGACCUUGAGCUGGGUUUAGGUGUCAGCAACUUAAUGCAUCGCCGGAAACUCCGCCUAGCCAUCGAGGACUACAGAGAUGCUGAGAAUGGUGGAGGGCUGUCCAAGGCCGCAGAUAUGGAUCACCACUGGGUGGCCAAGGCCUGGUUAAGUGACGUGGGCUUGCCUCAGUACUCUCAGGCCUUUCACAACCACUUGGUAGAUGGACGCAUGCUGAACUCCCUGACACGUCGUGACCUUGAACGUCACCUCAGCAUCACCAAGAAGUUCCACCAGGUCAGCUUGCUGCUGGGCAUCGAACUGCUGCACUUACUCAGUUUCGACAAGGAGGCGCUGCAGGCUCGCCGGGUACAGUGUGAGCACCAGAACGUGGAUCCACUGGUAUGGACCUCUCAUCGGGUCAUCAAAUGGAUUAGAGAUAUUGACCUGAAGGAGUUUGCUGAAAAUCUUCUAAAUAGUGGAGUUCACGGUGCUGUCAUGGUGCUUGACCCCACUUUUAACACUGAUGCCAUGGCAACCGCACUGGGGAUCCCGAACAGCAAGCACAUGGUUCGCCGACACCUUGUUGAGGAGAUGACAACCCUUAUUGGCUCGGCCAGGGCAGAUGCCAAGCAGGACUAUGAACAUCUAGGCCUGGGAACACCACCAACACUCCUUCGCCAGAACUCCCUGGGCAGACCGCCCAGCUCUACCAGCCGACACACUGAUGAUGAAGGCUCACUGAGGAGGAGGGUUGUCAAGCCUCCAGCAGGGUUCAGCCCCAAAGCACGCAGUGGGCGGGACCUGAGCUGCCAUAGCAGCUAUGGCUCCCUGCCACGGGAAGUUCGAGACCAGACACCGCCCAGAACGGAGGGAAGCCCGAUCCGUGGUUACACCAGCAUCGAGGUCACCAACGUGUGACGACAGUAGAACUGAUACACACCAGUCAUCAGUUUCAUCACAGCUAAAUCUACAUCAUGGACCUUUGGCUUCCACGUUUAUCUGAACAUGGGAUGGUUAUUAUGAUCAUUAUUAUUAUUAUUAUUUUUGCUAAAGAUGAGCCUUUACAGGACAGAUUGCACUUUUUAAUUGAGACAGGAUUCUUUUUUGCAAGUUUCCUGGUUUAAGAGAAACUUUAUAAGACUCACUGUGGGCAUGUGAUAUUUUGAUGUUUUGAGGGCAGUAACUUCCCUCAGCCAAUGCCAGAAUCCAGAGAUAAAGCAUUCAAGCUAAAUGAUUAUUUUUUUCUAUUUUUCUGAGUGUAAGCGGUUCUCCGUGAACCUGGAUGUGACUCGUUUAUGUUGACUAGUAGCGGUUGACAGACUGUCCGUUUCUCUGAGCGUAGUGAGAUUUAAAGAAUAAAAGUGACUGUUUGUAAAAUACAGGGUACUUCAUGAUAACAUGAAAAAAAGUUUCAUAUCAGUGUAAGUUGUUCUUGUUUCAUUCAGUUCUGCUCUUUGUGAUGCCUUGUCAGUGUAGCUAAAGACAACAGAAGAAAAAAGAUGAACUGAAUUUUCAGUUCUAGAGUUUAUGUUUGAUAGUCAGUUUUCAUCUUGCACAUUUACACAGUUGUGUCUAAACAAAUGUAGCACCCUCUUCCAGUGUUUUAUACUGUGCAGUAAACAUGGAAAAAAAUUUGAACAAUGCCAGCAAAAGAUGACUGCAGAGCUGUAUGUCCACAGAGGCCUGAUAUUUGGGAGAAUGCGUUUAUAUGAAAAUGAAGGAGCUCCUUUUAAUGGAAUAAAGAUGACAUCUCAUAUUUGGUGGUCCUGUUGCACACAUCUUGAGCAGAAAGUUCAAUAAAAAUCCGUUUUCUGAAAGAAUCAGAAUAUUUGUUAUGAACUGAGAUAACUGCAGAGAGAACUGAAUUAGAAUCACGUUAUAUGCACUCCACUUAAACUUUUCACAGUUCUAAAAAGAUAGCUAUUUUUCUCAGGAGUUAAUGGAAUCAGAGCUAAGACAAAUUCAUCAGUUAUUCAGAAAUCAAACACCAAAUGAAAACUAAUGUUGCACUGCCACUGCUUGAUUUUUAUGUGGGCAACUGUUCGCUAAAACGUUAGAACAACUUCAUGUGUGUGGUAGUGAAUGAAAUUUAUGAAUGACAGAUGGAGAAAGAGGAAACCAUAGA